CAGAGCUACUUGGCCAUGGAGAAAAUAAUGCAGGUGGCAAAGAUCUCAGCAGCACAGGCUAUUCAUCCAGGUUAUGGUUUCCUCUCAGAAAACACAGAGUUUGCAGAGCUGUGCAAGCAAGAGGGAAUCAUCUUCAUAGGUCCACCUUCAUCUGCUAUCAGAGAUAUGGGUAUUAAGAGCACUUCUAAAGCUAUAAUGUCUGCUGCUGGCGUUCCUGUUGUUGAAGGUUAUCAUGGAGAAGAUCAAUCAGAUGAGUGUCUAAAGGAACAUGCCAAGAGAAUAGGAUAUCCAGUAAUGAUUAAAGCUGUUCGAGGAGGUGGAGGAAAGGGCAUGAGAAUUGCUCACUCAGAAAAGGAGUUUCUGGACCAACUAGAAUCAGCUAGGAGAGAAGCAAAGAAGUCUUUCAAUGAUGAUGCGAUGCUGAUUGAGAAAUUUGUAGAUAAUCCAAGGCAUGUUGAGGUCCAAGUAUUUGGUGACCAGCAUGGCAAUGCAGUGUAUUUGUUUGAAAGAGACUGCAGUGUGCAAAGGAGACAUCAGAAGAUCAUUGAAGAGGCACCAGGGCCAGGAAUUAAUCCAGAGGUUCGAAAGAGGCUGGGAGAAGCUGCUGUCAAAGCAGCUAAAGCAGUGAAUUAUGUGGGAGCAGGAACAGUGGAAUUUAUUAUGGACUCCCAACAUAAUUUUUACUUCAUGGAGAUGAAUACCAGACUCCAAGUAGAGCACCCAGUUACAGAGAUGAUCACUGGAACAGACUUGGUGGAAUGGCAGCUUAGGGUUGCCGCAGGAGAGAAGAUUCCUCUAAUGCAGGAAGAGAUUCUGCUCCAGGGCCAUGCAUUUGAAGCUAGAAUAUAUGCUGAAGACCCUAAUAAUAACUUUAUGCCAGGAGCUGGGCCAUUGUUGCACUUAUCCACCCCACCACCUGACAGAUUUACCAGGAUAGAAACUGGAGUCAGACAAGGUGAUGAGGUUUCUGUUCAUUAUGAUCCAAUGAUUGCAAAGCUUGUUGUUUGGGCUGAGGAUCGUCAAGCAGCAUUGAGAAAGUUGAGAUACAGUUUGCAUCAAUAUAAUAUUGUAGGACUAAGUACUAAUAUUGAUUUCUUGCUGAGCCUGUCAGGACACCCACAGUUUCAGGCUGGAAAUGUGCACACUAAUUUCAUUCCUGAACACCAUGAUGACCUGUUUCCAACCAAAAAGGCAACCCCACACGAAGUUAUGUGCCAGGCAGCUCUAGGACUCAUACUGAAAGAGAAAAUGCUAACAGAUGCUUUUAGAGAUCAGUCAGAUGAUAAAUUCUCACCAUUUGCAUCCAGCACUGGUAGAAGAAUAAAUAUAUCUUACACUAGAAAAUUGUCUCUGCUCGAUGGGGAAAACAUUGUGGAUAUGGCUGUAAGUUACAAUCAAGAAGGGUCCUACAGCAUGCAGAUUCAAGAUAAAACGUUCCUGGUUUCUGGAGAGAUCAUCAAGGAGGGUGAUUCAUUUUGCUUGAGGUCUUCAGUAAAUGGAACAGUGUGUAAGUCCAAAUUGGUCAUUUUGGACAACACCAUUUACCUCUUCUUUCUGGAAGGUAGCGCUCAGAUUGGCCUUCCUGUACCCAAGUACUUGUCUGCAGUGAGUUCAGUGGGAACACAAAGUGGUGCUGUGGCACCCAUGACAGGCACAGUUGAAAAGGUGUUUGUGAAAGCAGGGGAUAAGGUUCAGACUGGAGACCCUUUAAUGGUUAUGAUAGCAAUGAAAAUGGAGCAUACCAUAAGGGCUCCAAAGGCAGGAGUGAUAAAAAAGGUGAAUUUCCAAGAAGGUGCCCAGGCCAAUAGACAUGCUCCACUAGUUGAAUUUGUGGAUGAAGAGGCCGAGUCAAAGUAA